AUGAAGUACCAUAUGAGGUUAAAGUGUCAUACGAUAUUGGUAUUGUGUUACGCUGUCUUAGCGACAGCUGAUCAAGAAUAUGAUAAUAAACUAACGAAACUUUGGUCGAUGUCCAGUGCCUCGAAUAGUGAUGGUUCAGCCGUUUUAAAUGUGACUAGUGCUUCAAUUGUGAUACCUUCGAAUUAUAAUAGUGACCCAAUCGUUGCUAGAACAUCGAGAGCCCCACAAAAUUUUAAACCAUACGCGUUCCGGCCCCGUGCGAUACCACUGAAAAAAAUCGAACAGCCAUCACAGGAAAAGAGUGUUUAUUACACGCAAGAUAACAAAUAUAAAACCGAGAUACUCUUCCCUGGUAAUUACUUCGCAAUUCCCAAAGAGAAAAGUAUUGAAGAAAAACGUUCCGCGUACAAUCCCUUAAGUGGUGAGCAGUUCGAACCGAAAGCGAUACCUUUGUUACGGGGCCAGGGUUUUGAGAAGCGAUCGCUUGAUGUCAACGUAGAACCGACUGUAGAUAAGUCUGAUGAGAUUCCGGAUCAACAAGCGUCAAGGAGAUCAUUGUCAUAUAUCUUAGGAGCAGAAGAAGACGAAGACAGUGAGGACGAAGAUGGCGAAUACGAAGAAGAAGACGAUACUGUACUCCAAAAAGAAGACGACAUCAAAUUAAAGCAUAAGAUCCCACACAAGAUCAAGCACAAGAUAAAGAAAGUGAAGAAAUAUUCGAAAUACAUGAUGCCCUUGCUUCUAGCGUAUAAAUUAAAAUACUUUGCGCUAAUUCCUGUAAUGAUAGGUGGUUUGAUUCUGUUAGUAGGAGCUACAGGUCUUGCUGGUUUCUUCUUUGCCUUGUUUGCAGCUGUUAUGGGUUUGCAAAAGGGUGGUUAUUAGAUAGUUCAUAAGUAGUCGACGUUCUCGCAGAUGCCAUCAGAUUUAGGUAGAUGUUUUAAUGUUUGUUAGCUCUUAAUCUUAAUCCUACUGGGUGAAAUUAUAAUUAAUGUCGAA